GAUUCUAUUAUAUCAAACAAGCCCGGUGAAGAGGAAAUUCAAACUCGGGUUGCGUUGAUCGUUUAGAAGGGGAAUGGAAAAGGAGAAACGAAACCGUGGCAAGAAAAUUCAACAGGCUAGAAACUAGAAACUAUUUGGCAUAGCCAGCGGCCAGCAUAUUUGGACUAAAUCGAAAGGACAAGUUAGUCAAUAACCGUAUAGCCGGUAGGUGUCAACUAUAAAUAUGCUUGACGUCCAACUCCCAUUUCACCAAGCUAAAAAAACAGUUGCUUGUAUUUUUCUUCUUAAUAGCUUUUGAUUUACGGCCUGAGAAGCAAAAGAGCAGAAUGAGUGUGGAAGUGUUGGACAGUGCUACGAUCGUUAACUUCGUUGAAGAUGAAGAAGCAUUCAACGUAUGGAUAUGCGAUCGCUUUGCUCACCUUGACACAGACCAUGAUGGGCUCCUCUCCUACGCAGAGUUGUUGAAGGAGUUGCAGAGCUUGAGGGUCUUCGAAACUCACUUUGGCAUCGAUGUAAAAACAGACCCCAAGGAGCUUGCUCACGUUUACAAUUCUCUGUUUGUGCAGUUUGAUCAUGACUCGAAUGGGACGGUAGAUUUGGAGGAGUUCAAGGCAGAGAGCAAGAGGAUGAUGCUCGCUAUGGCUAAUGGGAUGGGAUUCUUGCCUGUUCAAAUGCUCUUGGAGGAAGGCAGCUUCUUGAAGAAAGCAGUGGACCGUGAAUCCACUAAACUUGCUGCUUAAUCUGGGUUUUUUUUUUUGUUUUU